CUAUUUCUCCAAUUUUCAUUAAAAAAAAAAAAUUUUUAUCCCACUAUUCUAAAAAUUACUAUAAGGCAUAUGUCCAGAUGUCCCCACUCCAAUGAUAUUUGUUAACAGCGUACUUUUGGACUAUAUAAUAAAAAUGAAAAAAGAAAAAACUAUAUUGCGUGAUUGAAAGUAGCGUAUGUAAGUGAUUUUUUAGUUUUUAAAUGACUGUUUAUAACGGCAUUCUGAUAAAUUAUUUAUCUAAAUAUACCUCAGUAAGUUUUUCACUUAAAAAGUUAAAAUAGCUGAUUCAAAAGUGAUUACUUUUACAGUUGAACAAAAAAUAAAUAAAUAUAAAAGUAAAAUAAAAAAUAACAAAAAACCAGUAUUGUGUUAACGCUAUGAUCAUAAGUGACUACGUGUUACGGCGAAGACGAAGACGUUGAUAAAAAUACAAAAGCAUCAUCAUGGCACCAUCAAAAAGAAGACCCCUGCACAAUUCUACGGGAAGUGGCUCACCCGGGAGUAGUUUUAGAUCACGUGGAAUGAACUUUCGUCCUAAUUCUGGAGUCCAGGAAGACCGUGGGGGAACAAGACCUACUGCACCACCGAGCUCUGUAGGUGCUAUACUAAUUAGUAUGGUAAUUCAUUUAUGUAAAAAAUCAUUACUCUUUGAACCAAGAUUAAAAAUUGUUAUUUACUGCGGUGCUAUUUUUAUAGUGUCACUUAUAGCUGACUUUAUUCCUAUGCCUAAAAGUUAUUUUUCAAGAUCUGACAACAUAUUCAAUCGUUACUUCGUCAAAUGGGGCUGGGGAUGGUUAUUAACAGUGACGAUACCAUGGAUUGCAUUGACAGCACAUACACUAGGCUGUGGAAAACGUCCUAUUCUGGUAAAACAUUUAGCUAGAAUUGUUUUAGCAACAGCAGCCUGGUUAUUAUGGACCAAACUCUUCCAUUUUAUUGAGACAAACCAUGGAAGGUGUUUGAAUACUAAAGAUUUACAGCUGCAGACAAAGACUAAAUGCUUGCAGGCGGGUAAAUUUUGGAGUGGAUUUGACAUUUCUGGUCAUACAUUUAUAUUAAUAUAUUCGAGCUUAAUUUUAGCCGAAGAAGCUUCCUCAUUUCUUGGAUGGGAAGGCAUCAGAGAUCUCAUCAUGAAAGAAGAAUACAGUCGUACUACCAAUGAAAUGAACACUGGCAUGCUACGAAAUUUGUCAGACACUGAUUUCGGAUUUCUCAAGAAAGCCCAUAAUGUAUUUACACCUUGGUUACGAGGAUUAUUUAUUGUAAUGACUCUUCAGCAGCUGCUCUGGGAUAUUAUGCUUGUUUCUACUAUUUUGUACUAUCAUAUAAUGAUUGAGAAAUUCAUUGGUGGAGUUAUUGCUAUCUUAACGUGGUACGUAACUUAUAAAUGGUUAUUUAAAUUGCCAAAAUGCGGAUUGUUGGCGCCUGGUGAAGGUGUAUUCAGGUAUUAUGAACCUCGAGAAUCACUGAGUACUCCUCCGUCAUCGAGACUUAGACGGUCAACACUUAAUGGAAAUACUCCUACGUUCAUGGGAAUGCCUAUUCGUACUCCUCAGCCGCAGUCCCAGCAACAACCACCACAAGAUAGUAAUGAUACGUUUACAUCAAGACAAGACUCGGAUACUAUUUCCACUCGAUAGUAUAUAUUAAUAAAAAAUUUUUUAUGGUAAUUGGGUUUGUACAGUACGUUCGAAAAGUGAUAUUCACUUUAUAAUUUUUUUAAGUAAUCAUAUCAAAUUAUGAAUUGAAAUAAAAAAAUUUUGAUAUUUACAAAAAUUUUAUAAAAAAAUUACAAUCAUUGAAUAAGUCAGAUUUACUAGACUAUUAUAAUUAUUGUUUUUUACGUACUGUUUCACCUAUUUCUUAAAGUCGGUUUCUAUUCAAUUGAUACAUUUAUACACUUAAAAUUAUUUAUUUGAUCAAAUCUAAUAAAAUAA